AAGUCGCAACACGCUGUGACGUGAUGGUGUUUCUAGCCCCGUCUUUGCCAUCUCUGGAGCGAUCGACAUAGCUGUGGCGAGUGGUGUUGCACAGCCACUACACGUCAAUCGAAGCUCGAAGCUGCGUCGCUGGUGGUUGAACAGCGAACCUCUGCAUCUAGAACCCCCACGCACGUGUUCACCACAUUCUUCCACAUUCUUUCCGUGCGGCAGUGCACGACAAUCAGCGUAUUCUAGCAGCAUACCCGCGACGAUCUAGCUGCAGCUUGCGACGCGCCCGCUGCCCGCUGCCCCACGAUAUCCCCGCCGCGCGAUUGAACAGGUGCCCAUAGCAUGCUGCGCGACACCGGCCAACAUGACUACCACAAAUACCAAGAUGACGCUCGUUGACUGGCUGGACGACCUGUGUGUCCGCUUCAUCGUCAACCUCCCGCAGGAAGAACUGCUCUCCGUAGAGCGCAUAUGCUUCCAGAUCGAAGAAGCACAAUGGUUCUACGAAGACUUCAUCCGCCCGCUGGACCCCCACGGCCUGCCCUCGAUGCACCUGCGCAAGUUCUCGCAGCUCAUGUUCCAGCAUUGCCCGCUGUUCUCGGCGUACUCAGCGGAGCUGCACCAGCAGGCCUAUGACCAAUUCCUCGCCUACAAGACCCGUGUGCCCGUCCGCGGGGCCAUCAUGUUGAACCAGGAGAUGACACACGCAGUGCUGGUCAAAGGGUGGAAGAAAGGCGCGAAGUGGAGUUUCCCACGAGGCAAGAUCAACAAAGGGGAGAAUGACCUGGAUUGCGCAGUGAGAGAGGUCUGGGAGGAGACAGGCUAUGAUCUGAAGGAAGCCGAUCUGGUGCUGCCAGAGGAGCAGAUGAAGAGCAUCACCGUCACAAUGCGUGAGCAGAGUAUGAUGCUCUACGUCUUCCGAGGCGUGCCCAUGGAUACAUACUUCGAGCCGCGGACAAGGAAGGAGAUCUCCAAGAUUGACUGGUACAAGCUGACGGAUCUGCCUACCGUGAGGCGGAAGAACCAGGUACAGCAGCAGGGCACCGGCCAGGACUUGAUCAAGGAGAGCAGUUUCUACAUGGUGGCUCCAUUCCUUGGACCCCUACGCGCGUGGAUAAAGCUGCAACACAAGCUCGACAAGCAAAGAGCUCGAUCUGGGCAACACGUGGCACCACCACCUGCGAUUACAGACGACGAGGAACUUCAGGCUGAGGUGUAUGAGGCUACAGGCGACGAAGGCACAGCACAACCUGCUGCGCAGCCCAUCGAUCAGAGCUUUGCCAAUCUUGUUGCAUGGUUGGGGCAGAGCCAGGCGCCAAGCGAGCUGGCAGCACAGUCGCAACCGUCCGUGGAUCCGGCAGCAGAGCUCAAGAAACUCCUGAGUGUUGGCAGUGGGCCGUCAGCGCCUACACCUCCCGUAGAGGCACCUGGCAUCCAGCCUCGAGCAAACCCUCUGCUAGCUUUGUUGCAAGGGAACAGCGGCUCUGGAGGACAUUCAGGAUCGUUACCGCAGACACCGGUCGAACGAAUCUUGCACACGCCAAUGCAACCGCCUCAGAGUCCAUAUGGUCAGCAUCACCCGUUACCUCCGCAGAUGGGCCCCCCGCCUCCGUUCCCCUUCCCACCACACCAGAACAUGCAUUUCCAAGGGCAGCCACAGCACCCGCAAGAUAUGCCAUUGCACCUUCCACGCCACUUCAUGCCACCUCCACCUCCGCCGAAUCAGGGCUUCCAGCAACAGCAAGGCUACGGCCAGCAGCCGCCUCAACAGGACCAAUUCACUGGACCACUCGGGAGAGGGCCAGAAGUGCCCGCUGCGUCUGGUCUACCAACACCGAAGCUUACUGCACAUGCUCUUGGGUUGCUGAACUCCUUCAAGAUCAGCGACCAGAAGCCUACCCCACCACAAGUCCAUGCCUCGUUGCUGCAGCAGCCUCAGUACAGCACUCCAAGGCUGCAGCAGCCGCAUCCGCCGCAUCCACCUCAUGAGCUGGUGUCGCCUCCUCACAUGAUCAGUCCGCCUACAUACCAAUCGCCUCCGCUCAGUCAACCACAGCCAAAGCCAAGGACCGUCCACCAAGACUCGCUGCUUACCCUGUUUAGCGCGACUCCACCAGCCAAGUCUCCUGUACCUGCGGAGCCUGCCGAGCUUUCUGCGCAUCCUCUGACACCAGGCUUCAUCCAAGCUCAGCCAGCAACGAACCAAGCUAAGCCUCCAAAUCAGGCCUUGCUUGACCUGUUCAGCACACAGAAGAAAUCUGGGCUUACUUCGGCUACCGUGAGUGGGCCAGUGAACGCCCCAGACUUUGAUACCGUCAGGAGACGAAAGCAACCGUCUGUGAAUGGAGGCUCUCGCGGGCCUUCUCCAGCCACUACUAUCGUUGCAUCAAAGCAUGCCCAGCAGACACAUGGUGAUGUACGAGCAGCGCCUGUCCCGGCAUUCCAACCGCAGAUCUUGAAGCGGCCCCAACAGGGUGCUCCAGCCUCAGGCCCUAACGCGCAUGCACAAGGCCUACUAGACAUGUUCAAGGGCCCUUCGCCGCAACCUACAUCUGCUCAGCCUGUUGCCGCCACGCAAGCUCGAUCGAACGCAUCUCCAGCUCUCGUUGCCGCGCAGCCCGCCACUUUCGACCGCCGCGAAUCCAUUCCCUCAGACCAGCGCAACGCUCUCCUCGGCCUCUUCAACAGACCAUCACCCCAACCCGCAACCCGCGUCCCAACACAACAAUCCCACGGCCCUCUCCCCUUCAGUAGGACGCCCAACCCACCAACGCCCAAAACCGCCAUGUCCGGCCUCGUCAGCCCCGUAAGCCCAUUACAGCAAGGAAGUCGCACUGGCACACCUGCAGACCUCGCGAGCAGGAGCCGCAUCUCGAGUAUUGGCGAGUCUGUACCGGGUCAGCCUGGUCUGCCGGGUUUGCAAGACGUUCAGGGUCAGAGUGGUGUUGGUGGUGCGCCGUUGGGUGCGGUCGCGAGUCGGUCGAGUGAGGCGAAGAGUCCGGUUGAUAAGACAUUUUUGCUGGGGUUUCUGGAGGAUGUUGCGAGAAGGGGAAGGUGA